AUGGACCAGGAAAUCAGCACGCUGAUAUUCAUGUAUUUGCUGCUGUGCAAGCCUCUGGAGCACAUGCUGAGCAGCUGGCUGCAAAAGCGGGGCAGCCUGAAAACCCCCGACGACGAGAAUGGCAUUCACAAUGCCGAGCAGGACGACGAAGAUUUCCUCGACGACGAGCUGGAUGAAGACCACAUGAGCCACGACGAGACGAUGGCUUUGCGACGCGAGGUCCGGGACGCUCGAAACCACUACAACAACAGCCACCUGCUCUUCAACAUCGCGCCCCUGCAGGCGAUGGUCAGCCCAGCCACCAUUUAUGCGGCAUUUCGUCGGCAGAUGACCACGUACCUGCAUCGGCCAAAGCUGGGGGUGGCCACAUGGCGACACGCCGCAACCUUCUGGAUGACGACGUUUGUCAUUAACCGACUGUCGGCCGAGACGACCGGCGCCCUGGGCAGCCUGAUCCACACUCAAGCUCAACACUCUGGGGACACGGCCCAGCGGGCCUAUGCGCGCACAGCCAGUGACCAUGUGCAAACCAAAAUGUCGUCGCGACUGAUGCAUCAAGUGGCCUCGCAAAAAUGGCAUGCUUUGUUUGGACUAGAUCGCAAGCGCAGCAUAGCCGAGUUGACCGCGAACCAAGAAGCAUUGGAAGCUCGCUAUCCCAUCAGCUGGAACCCGGUGACUGACCUCUCGCCCGAGGCAAACGGGC